CCCUACUCACAAACGCUCGCUACCUCGCUCUCGCUCUCCCUCCACCGCCGCCACCGCCGCCGCCACCGCCGCCGCCGCCGCCCAUCACUGUCGCGGUGCCAGACCCUGAUGACUCGCUAGAAGCAUCAGCAGCCGCGGACAUCGUCUCCCGAUGGCUCUGCGCGGUCUCCGGCGCCUGCGCGGGUGCUGCGAUGCCGGGAGGACCCUGCUACCGCUCCCCCUCCGCAGGUCGUCGUCAUCCACACGCCCGAACGAGGAUUCCAGUGCCACCGCCCUCACGGCGGAGGAAGAGGCUGCGUUCGAGCGGAUCAAGAGGUCGCUCUUCAAGGCGCGCAAGGGGAGCGUCGAGGACCUCGUCGGGUCACUCGGGGCGGAGUGCUCCGGAAUCCGGCUCACCAGCGGCGUCGCGGACCGCCUGCUGCGCAGGUUCGGGGACGACUGGAAGUCCGCGCUGGGUUUCUUCCAGUGGGCGCAGUCGCGGGGCGACGGCUACGCGCACACGCCCUACGCCUGCAACCGGGUGGUCGACCUGCUGGGGAAGAUGAGGCAGAUCGACAGGAUGUGGGAUCUGCUGUCUGAAUUGCAUUGCAGGGGGCUGGUCACGGUGGACACUGUUGCCAAGAGCAUCAGGAGGCUUGCCGCUGCGAGGAGGUGGAAGGAUGCUAUUGUGUUGUUCGAUCAGUUGGAGGACAUGGGGUUGGAGAGGAACACGGAGACAAUGAAUCUCCUGCUUGAUGCGCUCUGCAAGGAGAAGAAAGUUGAAUUGGCGCGCGAGGUCUUUCUCGUGCUCAGCCCGCAUAUCGCACCAGAUGCAUACACUUUCAACAUAUUUGUCCACGGGUGGUGCAGUGUGCGCAGGAUCGAUGAGGCAAUGUGGACGAUCGAGGAGAUGGAGAACAAGGGGUUUACACCUACGGUCAUCACAUACACUGCUGUUCUUGAGGCUUACUGUAAGCAGCGCAAGUUCAGGAGGGUCUAUGAACUCCUUGAUUCGAUGGGUUCUAAGGGUUGCCAUCCCAAUGUGAUCACUUACACCAUGAUCAUGACCUCAUUGGCGAAAUGUGAAAGGUUUGAAGAAGCUUUGGGUGUUUCUGAUAGAAUGAGAUCCUCUGGAUGUGAGCCUGAUACCCUGUUCUACAACUCCCUGAUCUACCUUCUCGGUCAAGCGGGUCAUUUGUUCGAAGCUUCCCAAGUAUUUCGUGUGGAGAUGCCGAGGAAUAGUGUGCCCCGUAACCUGGCCACUUAUAACACCAUGAUAUCAAUUCUCUGCCAGUAUGGGCGAGAUGAUGAUGCUCUUGAUGUGUUGAAAGAAAUGGAGGCACAAUCUUGUAAGCCUGAUCUUCAGACAUAUCAGCCGCUUCUUAGGCUAUUUUUGCGUAGGAGAGGGUGUGGUGAUGCUGUUGACCACCUGUUGAGUCAGCUUGUGAAAAAGAGUGGUCUAGGUUUAGAUCUUGAUACAUACACCCUUCUGAUCCAUGGUCUUUGUAGGGUCGGUGAAACUGACUGGGCUUAUCGACUGUAUGAUGAGAUGGUAGGUAGCGAAAUUGUACCUAGGCGUAAAACGUGUGAGUUGCUUUUGAGUGAAACACAAAGACAAAACAUGGAGGUGUAUGUGGAAAGAAUCCGGAAUGAUAUAAUUUCCUUUGGCCUUUGUCCAUAAAUUUGACAGCUCUUCCCUC